GGUCUCUUUCUCUUCAGAGUCUCUGUCCAAACUCAAUGGGGAGGAGAAAACCUAGCAGCGAUGAACCCAUUAACAUAGACUCCGACUCCGAAACCGAAUCUGACUUGAACUGCUCGGUUUCAGAGAUUUACAAUGAUCAAAUGUCAAAGCAUCGAACAUGUUGGAUGCAUGUGUUAGCAGCUUCGAAAGCUCAAAGACAGAGCUUGAGUCAGAGAGAAACUCAAGAGAUUAAGAAGAUAUCCCCAUGCUUUUUAACUUUUCAUCCUCACCGUCAGAGAUCAGUAAGGAGUUUUAAGACCAAGUAUGUCAAACGUCAAGUGUUAAGAAAAAAACAGAACCAAGAAUCUAAAGCGUGUGCGGUGUCAAGAAGAAAGCCAGUCUCUCGAGGUUGUAGAGUGUCACGGAAGAAACAGGAGUUAGACUCUGGAAGCUUUCAGUCCUGCUUUGAGUCCUUAUGGAAGAGCUUUUCUGAGGACAAGAAGACUUAUUUCACAUACCUUGACUGUUUAUGGUUUUCCUUGUAUAUAGAACCCACCACCAAAGACAAGGUGCUAACCUGGAUCAAGAAGAAGCAUAUUUUCUCAAAGAAAUAUGUUUUUGUUCCUAUUGUUUGCUGGUGCCACUGGAGCCUACUAAUAUUGUGUCAUUUUGGUGAGAAUCUUGAAUCAAAGACCCAAAGACCAUGCAUGUUGUUGCUUGAUUCUCUUGAAAUGACAGAUCCCAAGAGGCUCGAACCAAAUAUAAGAAGGUUUGUAGUGGACAUCUUUAGAGAAGAGGGUAGGCGUGAGAAUAUGGAUCUUUUGAGAAAAAUUCCUCUUUUGGUACCUAAGGUGCCUAAGCAGAGAAAUGAUCAAGAAUGUGGUAAUUUUGUCCUCUACUUCAUUAAUUUGUUCAUGGAGAGUGCUCCGCAGACUUUUAGCAUGGAGGGGUACCCUUACUUUAUGAAGAAAAACUGGUUUGCAUAUGAAAGCUUGGAUUGCUUCUGCCAGGAAAUUUAUUCAUCAGCAAAGGGAUGUUCCCAGAACUCAAUAUGGGCAUAUCCUUUUGUAGACUGGUUUCAAGUGUCUCAAUUGCCACAAACUGCACCAGGCCACCUGGAUUUAUAUCCAACUGUUUGA